AUGGAAGGAAAGAAUUUUUCAUCUGACAUCGUAGUUCCAACGAAGAAAACGGAAAUAAAAAAGAAAUGUCCGAUUGGGAAGUGUAAGUUUACGGCUGUAAACUACUUCCAUUUAAAGUUCCACAUAGAAAAAACACAUGGAAUACCAAAAAAUCUCGUGUCGCCAAUUUGCGAAAAACAUACCUGCGUAAACAACACCAUGCUCAAAAACGACACGAAGAACCCCUCAAAAGCUAAUAAAAAGAAGGAUGAACAUGGGUGUGCAAACAACUCCUUGCUCCAGAACCACACGAAAAACCCAUCAAAAGAUAAUACAAGGAAGGAUAAAAAGCAAUAUAACUUUAGUGAUUCUAAAAUUUCAGAUGGCUGCCUUUUAGCCAGAAUUCAACCAAAAAUGAUGUCACAAGUAACAAGAUUUGAAUCGUUCAAAGACAUCAAAAAACAGCUUCUUCCUGAUUUUGAAGCUUGCAUAUGA